CAGACUCCAGCCGUCUCCAGUUUCUGAUGAAGCCGAUGAAGGAUUAAACAAAACCUGUGGGGAUUAAAAGAGUUUGGAUUAAGAACAAACUGGAUCAGAACACGCACAAUGACGGACCGGCCAGAGUCACACAGCUGUGAGACCGAAGUGAGUGGCUGGUCAGCAGAGCGGCCGACUGAACUUAAGGAAAUGGAACCCCUGAACCAUGAAAGCACAAUGACAGACAGGCCAGAGUCACCCAGCUGUGAGUCAGAAAUGAGUGGCUGGUCAGUGAAGCGACCAGUUGAACUGAAAGAAAAGGAAUCCCUGAACCAUAAAAGUAAAAAUGUGGACAGGCCAGUUUCACCCAGCUGUAAGUCUGCAGUGACCGACAAGUCCUUGGAUGUGCCGCUUCACUUUAAAGACAAGAACCUCCUUGAGAACCAAAGUCUGGAGUCUGGAUUUGCAUCAACUGCAGACAGCGGUGUAUCUAUGACGAACUGCUCACACGAAGAUCCUCAAGAACACAGGCCGAGCUCUCGCUACGCUGAGGCAGGAGAUGUGGCCUGUGAUCUGUGUGAAGGACCAAAGCUAAAAGCUGUCAAGUCCUGUAUGACCUGCCUUUCUUCCUUCUGUGAGACACAUGUCAGAGAUCACUACACAGUGGAGGCACUGCAGAGACACCUACUGGUGGAGGUCACCAAAAACCUCACCAUACUUCAGGAGAACGCUCAGCUGAAGAAAACAAUCAAGCAGGCACGGGAUGAGAACCAGAGACUGAAGAAGGAGAAUGCUAUACUGAGGUUCCCUGAUUACAUCUGGAAAGAGAAGCUGCCUGUAGCAGCUGAUGUGGUGCUGGAUCCUGCGACAGCUCACCGCUCACUCAUUCUGUCUGACAACGGUAAGCGAGUGCGGCUGGGGGAAAAGAAAACCGUUGAUUACAGUGCACAGAGAUUUGACAAGUAUGAGUGCGUCCUCGCCACUGAAGGCUUCAGCUCAGGAUGGCACUAUUGGGAGGUGGAGGUCAACAAAGAGUUCACUAUUGGGGUCGCCAGAGAGUCGGCUCAGAGGAAGGGAAAGUUCACCUUCUCACCCAGUGUGGGUUACUGGUGUCUCUAUCACUACAGACAGACCUUCACAGCUCUGGAGGAGCCCAGCAGGCCCCUGCCAAUCGACACUGUACCCCGGAUGAUGGGGAUCUGUAUUGAUAUGGGUGAGAAGUGGGUCACUUUUUACAACACAGAGACUAAAACUCACAUUUACACAUUCAAACAUAUGGACUUUGCAGACGGAGAGAAGAUCUACCCUGUAUUUAACACCUUGGAGAAAUCAGUGGAUCUGAAGAUUAAGACUUUAAGAAGAGACCUGUACAGCGGAUAUUUUGUCUAAAUAUUGGCAUCACUGAUCAGAUUGUAGACGGCUGCUUUCAAGUUCACUGCAACCCCCGAAUGUUCCUUUGGACAAAGUACUUUGAUACUUUGAAUAAAAUUACUCUAAAAACUAUGUACAGUAAAGAAGCACAAAGAAUCAUAGAGACUCAACAAGUUGAGUAUUUCUGCUUGACUGUGACUGGUUGUUGAAAGUAAAAAUAAGAUAUUUUGUGCGAUGGCAUGUACUCAAACAUGGCCAUCAGACUUCUGGCGACCAAAUGGAUAAUGCUUUCCAGAAUGCCCUGUCUUCAGGCUUCUUAAUGAUUCAAAGGCAUCAAUAUUCAUCCAGUCCUGCUUUUUUUAUUGUCCAGUCCAGUUCUGAUCCUGGUUUGUGGAGACACAUUAUUACAUUUGAAGAUCCUCUUAAGUUUCUUCAGCCUGGUUCUUCCAGUACACUUCCUAGUAUCAUUCUGUGUUGAAUCUCUUAAUGGCUGGAUCCUCUGUUGCUAUUGAUUGUCUCCAUCAGUCUCCAGUAGUGGUAAUAUUAGUGGUCUUUCCAGUUGUUAUCUUUGUCAUCUGUUGAGCCAAAUUCCCAUCAUUUCACUCUUUCCUUAUAAGGACCUCUAGGUUGUCUAUCUAUAGAUAAAAUACAUGUGGUGACAGUGGACAGCCUUGCUCAUGUGGGAUCAGUCAGUUUGUCCAUUUUCUGUCAAUUGUUCACAUUCUAUCAUGGCUUGUGGGUCAAUAUAGAGGUUCCUGAGAUGAAAUGAGAUGAGAUGUGAAUACUAUGAGAUGCUGUGGUAUUCACAUAUUUCUGAGGGUAUUCCUUAACUCUAUGUGGGCGACACAGUUGAAGGCAUCUGUGUAGUCAAUGAAACACACUGACCCCCUCCUUCAAUGCGAUUAUCCGGUGUGCAUCAAUCAUGAUAUCUGUUUUCUUCUGCCUUUUCUGAACGUUGCUCUUUUUGUGUAAAGGUCUAGUUCACAUUGACAGAGCUUCAUUAAGGCCUUGUUCAGACUGCCAGCCCAGGUCCGAUUUCUGGCAUAUCCAGAUUGUAUCCAGAUUGAUUUCUGUUAGUAUGGACAGCAAAAAAAUAAAUAAAUAAAAUAACACAAGAACUCCAAUUUUUGCAAAUCGGAUACAACCCACAUUUGCAUGUGGUUUGAAAUAUGACCAUCAGAGCGUCAGUCUGGACACUCUGCCCGCUACAUGACAAAGUAGCUAUGUCAUUAAUGAUGCCUUCGUCAGUUACACUGGAACACAUACAGAUAGACUGGUGAUGUCCGCCCCAAUCAGAUCUGCCCCCUUGCAAAUACCAGGAUGAGGACUUCUACACUUUUACUGUAGUUAUAAAAUAUCACUAUUGUAGAGAGUUGGUGUGCUUCAUUUAACAGAGAUCAUGUUUUAGUAGGAUAUUAUUCUGAAUGAUUGACAACUGAUACUCUAAGACUUCUUGUGGUCCUGCUUCUUUUUCGUUUUCAUCUUCUUCUUCUUCAUUAUUAUCAGUCUUGUUAGUAAUAUACAUAAAAUCUUGUUUAAAUUUUAAAAAUAAAACA